UCACCAUGUCAAAAAACGCAUCACAUACCAAUUUAGUUGUAUUCAUAUUAUAAACUUCUUCUCCCAUUUUCUUCUUGCAUAUUAAUCCUUUUUAGUUAUCUUAAUAUACAUCAUGGGUGUUUUUGCUUUUGAAGAUGAUUUCGUUUCAACUGUUGCUCCACCUAAACUAUACAAAGCUCUUGCAAAAGAUGCCGAUGAAAUCGUCCCAAAGGUGAUUCCGGUUAUCCAAGGUGUUGAAAUUGUUGAAGGAAAUGGUGGACCUGGAACCAUCAAGAAACUAACCGCUGUUGAAGAUGGCAAAAGCAGCUUUAUUCUACACAAAGUAGGAGCAGUGGAUGAGGCAAACUUGGGAUACAACUACAGUUUAGUUGGAGGAACAGGGUUAGACGAAAGCUUAGAGAAAGUUGAAUUUGAGACAAGUGUUGUGGCUGGUUCUGAUGGUGGAUCCAUUGUUAAGAUUUCAGUGAAAUACCACACUAAAGGUGAUGCAGCUUUAUCUGAUGCAGUUCGUGAGGAAACUAAGGGCAAAGGAACUGGUCUUCUUAAGGCUAUUGAGGGUUUUGUUUUGGCUAAUCCUGAUUAUUGAUUAAAUCUAUACUUGGUUUAAUUUUGGAUAUGGUGUGUCAUGAGAAUAAUAAUUGAGUGUUGUUUUGGGUGCUUGGUUGUAUUGUAAUUUUUUCUUUUUGGUAAUUACCCUAGUGGUUCACCUUUUAUAUGAAUAAAUGGAGAAUUCCGUGUUUGAACAUUAA